UACGUUCCCUAGAACCCCUUGGCGAGUGAACUGUCAUCAGCGCGCGCUCAGUGAGUGCGCACGCGAACAUACAUACAGUUGACGAAGAGACGAUGUUCGUACGUUACUGAUGUUUUCGGGACUCCCAUGAAAGGCCGACUGCUCUCCUCGGAGCCGACCAACCGAGCAGCGAUAGGGGGACAAGUGUAAACCACCAAUCGUCAAAGCAUCGUCUAAGCCGGCCGGAACACGUAUGCUGGCGGUUUCCCGUUUCUGUCACACAGACCGAGGCUAGGCUUGACGACUCGGAUGGGAAUUUGAAAGCCGUUAACGCCGUGAUCAAUCUUUAAAAGAGAAAAACAAACAGAUGCACGGUCUUUCUUCACGUGUCUUCUUGUUAACGCAUCCCUUCUGCUCGUCUGAAGCAUCUUUACGGAGAAAAGGCUCGAUGUAAAUCUUGUUUAGGUUUGUAAAUGGGCAAUAAAGACGGUACCGCGUGUAUUAGCUAGUGUUUUUCCAAUAAAAAGCAUCGGGAUAACGAGAUACGUCGUCACAUUUGGGUUUAGCUGAAAGCUUCCACAUAACCAUUUGAAAGACAUUAACAACUUGAGCAUCACAUGAGUGGUGAAAACGGCUGGAAUUGAGUGUGUUAACUCUGAUGUGUGAUUUCACUACAAGAGGAUUCUUCUGAAAAUGUAGGCACGUGUUUACAAAGGAAGUGAUGACAUAAGCUAUUUUUCAGCAGCUGUGACGGAGGAAGAGGAAGAAGAGUGAAAGAACGAGCCUUCACCUGAAACACUGAAAGAGCAGCUUUGUAGACUAAAAGGAGUGAGAGCGAGACACAAAAAGAGAGAGAGACGGGGACUGACGGAGAAGCAGAAGUUUGGAGGAGGAGGAGGAGGAGAAGGAGGAGGUCUAGGAGGAUUGGGAAAGACAAUUCCUUAUGGCUACUGACCCAGGAGAGCCCACUGGCACAGAGGACUCCUCAGAGAAACCUGAUGGACAGAAGGAGGAGGACAAGGAGAGAAAGGGCAGGACUGAUCAACAGAGGGAAGGAACGCAUAGCACCCCCGUGGACUCCCUCUCCUCCCAGGCUCAAAAGAAAGGAGAGUCAGGAGGAGGUGAUAGAUGUGUCAGAAAAGAGGAAGGAGAGGGUGGGGGAGAAGAUGAUGAAGCCUUCCAGGAGUGUGAAGAAACCCCGGUUCCUUUAUCCACACCUUCUAUAUCAGGUGAAACUGGCCCAAAACCACUGAGGCGGGAGAAGCGCUUCUUUAGAAAGAGUGUGGAGAUUUGUGAGGAGGAACAUGAGGUAGUGAUGCCCCCCGAGGCUCCCAACAGUGCUCCUCAUCUGGAGUUACUCUCCACAGAACCAGGCUUUGGCACUGCUCAGCAGCAAGGUGCUGCUUCUUCAGGUGCAGCUUUAGGGCAUGACCCAUCCCAGGGCCACGAAGCUGGCAAAGAUGCUUCUUUCUCUGUACCUACCCAGAGUGUGAGAGAAAGGGACCGUGAGCAGGAGGAGGAGGCAGAGAUGAAGGCUGUUGCCACCUCUCCUGGUGGAAGGUUCCUCAAGUUUGACAUUGAACUUGGCAGAGGAGCCUUCAAGACAGUGUAUAAAGGCCUAGACACUGAGACCUGGGUGGAGGUGGCUUGGUGUGAACUUCAGGACCGAAAGCUGACCAAAGCAGAGCAGCAGCGCUUCAAAGAAGAGGCUGAGAUGUUAAAAGGACUUCAGCACCCCAACAUAGUUCGCUUCUAUGAUUCAUGGGAGUCUGCGCUGCGUGGAAAGAAGUGCAUUGUACUGGUCACAGAGCUUAUGACAUCAGGAACACUCAAAACCUACCUGAAGCGUUUUAAGGUGAUGAAACCCAAAGUUCUAAGGAGCUGGUGCAGGCAAAUUCUGAAGGGCCUUCACUUCCUUCACACCAGGACUCCACCGAUUGUCCACCGGGAUCUUAAGUGUGACAACAUCUUCAUAACAGGUCCCACAGGAUCAGUCAAGAUAGGUGACCUGGGUCUAGCCACUCUUAUGAGGACCUCAUUUGCCAAAAGUGUCAUUGGAACCCCAGAGUUCAUGGCUCCAGAGAUGUAUGAGGAGCACUAUGACGAGUCAGUGGAUGUGUAUGCCUUUGGGAUGUGUAUGCUAGAGAUGGCUACUUCCGAGUACCCGUACUCUGAAUGCCAAAAUGCUGCUCAGAUCUAUCGCAAAGUCACAAGUGGUAUAAAACCAGCCAGCUUUGAUAAAGUGAAUGAUCCAGAAAUCAAGGAGAUCAUUGAAGGUUGUAUUCGUCAAAACAAAAGCCAGAGACUCUCCAUCAGAGACCUUCUAAACCAUGCAUUCUUUGGAGAAGACACGGGGGUUCGAGUGGAGCUAGCAGAGGAGGACACAGGCACGCAGGACUGUCUGGCUCUUCGGAUAUGGGUUGAAGACCCUAAGAAGCUAAAGGGGAAGCACAAAGACAAUGAGGCCAUUGAGUUCAGUUAUGACCUGGAGAAUGAUAGUGCUGAAGAAGUAGCUUUAGAAAUGGUGAAGUCAGGCUUCUUCCAUGAGAGUGAUGCCAAGGUGGUGGGAAAAUCCAUCCGGGAUCGUGUGAAUCUGAUCAGAAAGUCCAGAGAGCGUAGACAGCAGCAACUUCUUCAGCAAGGCUUCGAAGAACGAAGAGACUCCACUCUCACCUCCUACCCCUUUUCUAAUCCCUCUUGCCCCUCCUCACUGCUGCUAGGGGCAGGUGGACAUACAGGAGGGAGAGAAACAGGAGCGGUUCAGGAAUCUGAGGAGCUGCCUGAAGUAGACCAGCAUGUCAGACAGCAACAUAUUUUUAGUGCAGUGACCCUGAAUUUGCCAGAAGGUGAAAGCAUUGGAUCUGCCAGCUGUGAAUCUUAUGCAAGUGGACAAAGUCAGGCUUACUCUCAGCAAGGGGGGUCACACUCCCAGAUUACUCUCCCUGCCAUGGCAUCUAGCACAGUCGCAAUGGCAAACCCACACAUGCUCAGCUCUGGUGAGAGCGGAUGUGAUCUAAAUGCGCCUCUUGAUCAGAGCAUUAGCAUGUCCAGCAUGCAAGGUGAAGGGGGACCUGUAGCUCAGAAAUUUCUUCAACCCACCACCAUGGUUCCACAGGUAUCGCCAAGUGUACCCCAGCAUCAUCUUCAGACACAAACAUUUCCAUCUGACGCAUUUCAAACUGCCACACCUCAUGGCCCAGUGCCCCCCUCACAAUCAUAUAUACCCCCUGUUUCCCCACAAGCACCCAUUAAUGUUUUCACUACAUCCAUGCCAGUCUGUGAUCCCACUGGGCAAGCAGGGACAAUUGUGUCCCACCUUCAGCAGAUCCAACACCCUGCCACCCCCAUGCAGCACACUGACAUCAUCCCCCAUGCUGCAUCCCUGCAAACACAGCCCAUCAUGAUCCCACAGCAGUCCAUUGUUCCACAACAACAGAAAGGGAUGGAUCCCCAGACUUCCACCCUCCAGCAGCAGCCACAACAGCAAAUGGAGGCUCAGGUGACUCUGACUGAACAACAAGUUAGUGCCAUUCAGCUGCCACCAGAGCAGGAUCAACAGAGCCUUUCAGCUUCUGCUGUCCAGAAAAAUCAACGUGAGCCUGAGCAGCACAUCUUUGUACAGCAGCAUGUCCAGCCAGCUUCUCAACAGCAUGUGAUGGCUACACAGGCAGCAGUGUCAGUUCCACAGCCAGGAGAGCAAUCUCAAGCUUUUAAACAGCAAGCAGCUGGUGAUCCUUGCAAGCAAACUAUGAUACAGUCACAACUGCAACAACAGCUUCAGCAACAACAAGCUCUGCUACAGCAGAAGGCCUUUAACCUUGAAAACCAUAAUGUAUAUGUACAGCAACAGUUUGAUCAGCAGCAACAAACUGCAUUGCUUCAACAGCAACAACCUCUGCAAUACAAGCAACUCACAGAUCUGCAGCAACAGCAAGGUCUUGUGCAUCAAGAGCCACACAUGCACUCACUCUUACACCAAUUGGAACAGCAGCAGCAGAGCCAGUUGCAUCAGCACAUUGGACAACACCAAAAUGGAAAAAAUGCAGAAACAGAGGUGCAACUGCAAAGUAUGCAGCAACAACAGAAAACUGUGUUUCUGCAACAAUCCCAGCAGACACAACCGAAAUAUGAACAAAUGCCUCAGCAAAAUGUCAUCCAGCAGAUGGAACAAGUAAUAGGACAACAAGACCUGCAAAAGCAGUUCAUUUUAAAUCAGCGGCAGCUGCAACAGCAGGAGCAGCAACAAGUACAACUCCAGCAACAUAUCGAGCAGCAACAGCAAGCUCUGUUGCAGCAGCAGUUAGAACAGCAGCAUCAACAAGUGGUGUUACAAAAGCAACAAGCUGAUUUAUUACAGCAGCAAGCUCAGAUGAAACACCUGAUUCAAGAGCAACAAGCAGCCAUCAUUCAACUACAGCAAACUGAGAAACAACAGUCCAUGCCUAUUCCACAAAGCAACGAGGAGCUACAUAUUAAGCAGCAACAGCUGUGUAUCCCACAACUAAACACUGGCCAGUUUACCCAGCAGCAACAACCAACCAUCGCACAGCUGCAACACCGCACCUCCAAUACUGAACAUCUUCUUUCAUUAGGUGUUCCAGGUGGGAUGGAAACAAUUCAGCAUCAAACUCAUUUACUUUCACCAACUCAGGUUCCAGUUACCAUGCAAGCUACACAGACCCCUGUCCAGAUGUCUCCUGUUGUCCUCGCUCAGCAAGGACAAUGUGAUAUUCACCAUCAGAAGCAAGGCCAGGUCCCAGUCCAGUUUUUAGCCCAGCCAGUACCCCGAGCCCCUCAAGCUGCAGUUGAGGCCAGUGCUAUUGCCCAAGCAACAAUGGCCCUGCAACAAAUGCAAGUCCACCAGAACCAGAACAUUCCUUUGCAGGCUAAUUAUCCUGGACCAGUAACUCCCAUACUGAAUCCGGUAGCUGCUCAACCCAUAACCCAGAUUACGUCCCAGGCAGUACCUAGCCAGGUCCCAACUUUUGGACUUCAAACGAUAGGCCAAAAGCAUCAAGGUAGUGUUCAGCCCUCCGCUGUAGUUACUUCGGUUCCUGGUCCGAUCCAUCAUGGCACUUGUGUUCAGCAAAAUGUUCAAAUGCCAAGUGUUAUCCAGCCCAAUCUCCUACAAGAGGCUCAAGGCCAGCUACCUUGCCAGGUGCCUCCCCAGUCUGCAGUUGGCUUUUUAACUCCUCAGUAUGUUGCUCAGUCUACCCACCAAACCAUACGGCCUUUAGUGUCUGAUAUGACUCAUUUUCCCCAACAGCAAUUUCAUCAGCAACCAGUAAUCUGUUUUCCGCACAUGAUCCUGUCUCCAGGCAUGACUGGCAGUGUUGAGUCUAAAACUGAUGCUGUUGUGGUUGAUCCCAACUGCCUUGCUUCUCAGGCUGGACAAGCUCACGCUCAAAGCCAAUCGACACUUCCUCCAGUUGUUAAGGCUCAGCAACCAUCUACAGGAACCUCUGCAGACUCCACAGUUGUCCAGCUCAUGUCCCAGCCAUUUGUGUUUCAGUCUGCAGAGCAUUACCAACAUUUUUAUCAAGACCAACAAUCCCCAGCCCAAACUGCCACACACUCCCAGUUACUAGCACAGCCCGUUCAAACUCCUACCCCACAACUAGGUCCUCCAAAGCAAGAUUUGACCACAUUUAACUCUGAGGGUCAGCUCCCACUACAGUGUCCCCAAACUCCACAUGCUGUGCUGCAUCCUUCUGCACUGACAGGGGCCAGUACUGUUGCUGAGGCUCAGCCACAGAGUGGGACCCUACCUCCCUACAGUCACCUAUUGGCAGCUGGUCUUCCAUCCCCACAGCACCAAGCCAAACAGACACCACCAGCACAUACACACACACAAACCAGCAACCAGGCCCAAACACACUCCCACACACAAACACAAGUUCACACACAAAGUCAUUCUCAAACUCAGACACCCAAUGAGAUGCCAAAAUCAGGACACCCUGCUUUGUCUCAUGCUGCCUUUCUUGCACAACAAAUAUCCCUCAGCUCUGCAAAUACCUCAUGUGUCUCAACACCACCACCAUCAGUCCCAUCCCAACAUCCCAGCACUGCUCCUGCUACAGAGCUUCCUACAUCUCUGCCAGUAGCCCAGAUAAUCUUACCCGGGCAGGCCGACUUUGUUCCCACCUCUCCCUCGCCUGUCACUGCGCUACAAUCGCUUGACUCUAAUGCCCCCAAACUGCCCCAAGCCUCGCUGCAAGACUGUGACAUUUCUCUACUGGGCAUCACUCAGCAGGAUGGUGCAUCCCUGACAAUCGCAGAAAAGUCUUCAUCAGGAUCUCUUCCAGCCAGUGGAGAAGACCCCAUGCAGCCUUCAGCAAAUGGAAAAUUAGAAAAGUCAAAGACUCAGAAAACAGCUUCCUCUCAGAAGCCUGAAAAAAAUCAGUUUCAACUGAGCAUGCUGCAGGUUUCCAGCAAGGGAGAUAAUAUGGUUGAAUGUCAGCUAGAAACACACAGUAAUAAAAUGGUGACAUUCAAGUUUGAUAUUGAAGGAGACACACCUGAAGAUAUUGCAGAUUACAUGGUGGAGGAGGACUUUGUCCUUGAUUUAGAGAAAGAGAAAUUUGUGGAGGAGCUCAGAGCAAUAGUAAAGAAAGCCCAUGGAAGUCUUCAGACACAUUCACAGACCGGAUCAACUGACCAGUUGGGCACUCCCAGUAGCUCAAAUUCUGCGCCACACUCAUCUCCUGUGGGGCGCUGGCGCUUCUUUAUCAACCAGACCAUUCGUCACAGAGACUCCCUGUCCAGCCAGGGCACGGUCACACCACCACCCACUACAGAGACGAGGAUUCCUCAAUCUCCUCAAAGAGAUAAAGUGGUUGCAGAAGAUGGUGGAUCUCAAAAUCUUGAGUCCUUCACUGGAAUAGUGUCUUCCCCCCACACCACCCUUUCACCUCCUGAAGCUGAGGCUGAAACCAUCUCUGUCCCAUUAAUUGACUCAAGGUGUACUGAACUACAAAUGUCCACCUCUGCCUCUGACUUCCACAUUCCUAGUUCUCUUCCACUUGUACCUACUGUUGCAGAUGUCCCCACAUUGUCCACUGCUCCUGCUGUUGUGUCUUCCUCCACCUCAGCCAUGUUCCCUGGUAUGUCUACUAGUGUUGUACCCAAUGCAGCAGCCUCCUCUGCUGUGGGAAGCCAGCUUGUCUUAGAGCAGCAGCAGCAGACAUUCACCCAGGUGGCUCCAUCAGUGCACCAACAACUGCAAGCAAUGCAUCUUGAAAAAGAGACGCAUCAGUCAGCACCACAACAACCACAAUUAAAAUGUCACGGCAAUCAAGAACAAAUUUUGCUGCUGCAAGAACAACCAUCGCAACAGCCUCUGCAGAAAUCAGUGGAAAACCAAACUCAAUCUCAGCAAGAAGCGCAGAUGCUGACUAUGUGUGGGAACACAGAUUUGUUACAGCAGUCUGUUCCUACACACCCAUUUAUCCCACUUUUACCCACACAGCAGACCCAACCACUGCAAACACCACAGUGUGGCACACAGCUGCUGCAGCAGCAGCCCCAGUUUCAGCAGUUAUCAGAACAGGUUAUUGCACCUCCAGCUGCUUUGGUGUCGCAGCAAUCCGAGCAGCAGCAGCUAAACCUGCAGCAGACAAUAUACUUACAGCAACAGAAAAUGAUGGAGCAGCAGCUGCAACAACAGCUUUUAAUGGGCGCUCAAAACCAAGCAUUGUCCUCAGCUGUUAACCAACAGCAGGCACAACCAAAUGUCACGUCUGUAUCACAACAAAUUCUACAUCAGAACCAAGUUCCUGCUGAGCUGCUGCAACAACAACAGCAUGAGACGGUCAAAGCCACAGACACCCCACAGAAACAGCCACCAGUCUCCACGCAGAAGCAGUCUUCAUUUCAGAUGUCAGAGUCAGAGGUGUCCGCAGGUGAGACGAGUGUCACAGAGGACGCUGGGAGCUAUUCUGCUGCUUUUAACCCUUCCUCUGAUUCCUCUCUGCCGCCCCUCCAUCUUGGAUCUACUGAGACCCACUUACCCAAUCUCUCCCUCACAAUGACACCCUCCCCUGCUCAGCCAUCCUCUGUGGCUGAGUCGGACAGUGAAGGUCCCCCAAAAAUGGGGUUUGUUGACAACCGGAUCAAGACUUUGGAUGAGAAGCUGAGGAACUUGUUGUAUCAGGAGUACAGCAGUGGUGCAUCGUGCUCUGGAGCUGCAUCUGUUCCUGUAUCAGCUGCCUCCUCAUCAGCAGGGGGUGAUGAGUUAUCUGAGCUACAGUCACUCCAGCACUCAUCUUUUCACCCACCUGCCUUUUCAUCUGAUACAUCCCCUCAUUCCUCAUCCUCUACGACCUCCUCCACCACUUCCCGUUGCUCCUCCACCUCUCCCGACCCAGAAAGGGGUAGAAGGGGAGAAGAAGCUUAUCUUGACAUGCCCAACCUCGUUCAGUUGAGCCCAGUGGACCAACAGCCUGGUCCAUCUCUUACCUCCAAUGCUGCCUCAUCCACCCUCCUCCUGCCAUGUCAGGACAGCUCUGCUGGUGUCCCAGGCCAACCAGUACCAGGAGAACCAACUGUACUUGCUGUACUCCCACACUCUGACACCAUUGCCACUGAAGACGCACCGUGGCCUCCCAGUCAGCAACCGAUCCCUCUCAGGCACGGAGAGCAGCAGCACAAUGCAGGAGGUGGAUAUUUUGGCCUAAACCUGACUUGUCCUAGUAUCAGAAAUCCGGUUAGCAAGAAAUCCUGGACUCGAAAAUUCAAAAACUGGGCAUGCAAACUGCGCCACUCCGCCAUCUUGUUCAAGAAGGCCAGAGUCCCACAAGAUUCAAUCAGUCACCCUCUUGGUGAUGAGAAAAAGGCAACGCCGUUAAGUUCACCUAUAUCACACAAAGGGCGAUUUCAGGUGACACCCGUGCCCCAGACUUCACCCCCAAAAGAUGCGCCACUGAGCCAUGGUGGCACCCACAGGAGAGUGGGACGCUUCUCCGUAACCCGGACAGAGACCAAGAGAGGGGACCAGCAGACUGACAGCUCACCAGUGUCUAAUGAUUUGAAAAGAGAAAGGAGGAAGUCUCAAGCAAAGGACAGGAACAAAGAUGAAAGUAAGAGGACUUCAUCAGUGGCACACCUGCCCCGAGGGAUUGGUCAUAGCCACUCAACUGCUGGAAGCAGUGAUGAUGAUGAUGAUGAUGAUGAUGAUGAAAGUGAGCUGGAGGAUGAAGAGCUGAGAAAAGAGUUACACAAGCUCAAAGAAAAGCACAUCAAAGAGGUUGUUUCCCUUCAGGCCAAGCAGAACAGAGAGCUUCAGGAACUUUACAGACAGCUCCGUUCUCUAAAAGACCAAAGACAGAGUCUGCCAGCCUCCCUGUCCCGAUCUCCUCUUCUUUCCACAGGUACUCCUGUCCUCUCGCCACGUAGGCCAAGACCGGCCAAAAUGAAGCUUCGUCCCCGGCCUCACUCUCACAUGGACAACAAUGGAGUUAUGCACUCUGGGAUUCAGCAGCCAUGUUGUUUUUCAGGUGGUGAACAGGGUGAACUGUCACCAUUCUACAACCCAGAGCUUCAGACUUCAUUGCUUGCUAAAACAGAUCCGAGUCCCUCAAGGAAAAGCACAUUCACAGACGAGCUGCACAAACUUGUUGAUAAUUGGACGUUGGAGAUGGUGGGUCCUGUGCCAACCAAGCCUUCACUCAAUCAGAUCAAACAGAUUCAGCAGGUGCAGGGAGGCUGGAGCCAAUCAGCAGAGAUGGCUUCACCUGGUUGGUUUCCAGCAAUACAACUGAACCCUCAGACAUCCCCAGCCUCUGCAGGGUUGGCAGCAGCAGCCCCCCCUCAUUACACAGGAGGAGGAAGCAUGACCACCCUACCCUCCGCAGGACUUCCCCCAUCACAAACUCACAUGGCUCAAGUGCCACAGAUGCAGCAAAGUUUACACCUCCAUCAGUCUGCCCCCCUCCAGCAGAUGACCUAUCAGCAGCCCCCUUUGUGCCAGCAGAUGCCACAGCCUCGGAUGCAAACCUCCAUACCCUCACCGACCCAGCCCACCAUGCUGCUGCCCCAGUCAGCACCACAAAGCCAACCCCUGCUGCCAUCCCAAAUGCCUGCAUCAUCAGUGUCGACAGCCAAUCUCGUGCUACACGGCGGUGUCACAGCCGUACCUGCCGACAGCACCGCUGUCAUUGGAGCACCAUUUAACACCUGCUCUUCAUCCUCGUCUGCUUGUUCCUCCUGCUCAGCUGCUGCUCUGCCUCCCAGUGCCAAAAUUCACCCAACACCCCCCACCUCUACACUUCCUCUGGGACAGAAAUGAAGAGAUAAAAACACCUACCGGGUCUGGACGCUUGGAAUGUCAGUGGAACGUGUGUGUGUGUGUGUGUGUGUGUGUGUGUGUGUGUGUGUGUGUGUGUGUGUGUGUGUGUGUGUGUGUGUGUGUGUGUGUGUGUGUGUGUGUGUGUGUGUGUGUGUGUCUGUGUGUGUGUGUGUGUGUGUGUGUGUGUGUGUGUGUGUGUGUGUGUGUGUGUGUGUGUGUGUGUCACAGGAAGUUAUUGUGGAAGACAGAACUGUAAUACGAAACACAGCAGUUGUGUUUUUGAAAUGCCUCGAUGUUGAGUUGAGUCUUUUGUGUAUGAGUGUGUUUUCUGAGUGUGUGUUAGUGGAAUAUCUGACAACAUAUCACUUGUGUCCUUGGAUACAAAUGACCCGUUUUGUUGUCAAACCAACUCUGCUGAACUCAGACCCCCCUCCCCCCGAAACAGAGACAAAAACGACAAAAUGAAGCAGAUUCUAGUGCACUGAGGCUGGAGAAUGACACUAUUGCACCGUGGUUGUAUUUUUGGUUUAAAUUACCAACACUAACAGUGAAAAGACUAUUCAAUUUAAAAGUGCAAUUAGUGAUGGUCAUCUAAACUGAUCAGCAUUGUCACGAAGCCUGAAAGAGUUUUGUAGAGGCACACAGAUUAGAAGCAUAGAGGACUUUUUUUAACAUUUAAAAACUUAAUACUUACAGCACAACAUAAUUCAGCGGCCAUUGAAAGUCAAUUAAACAGCAUGUUAUGAGGCUGAGCAUGGUAUCUGGCUACCUUCAUUCAAAUUUCACCAACACUUUUUUAGUGUCAUAUAUGCUACAGCAUGUUAUUUGUUAUUGUUUUGUGUUUUAAAGAGAAAACUGUCCAAAUUAACACGUUUUUGUCACUAAGAGACUAUAAAUAUGUGUAUGCCAUCAGUUUUCAGUUAAUCCCUGACUACUCCCAGCCCCAAACCACGUAACUUUUUGACUUAUUUGACUCACCUGAAUGCAAACUACUUUCACUUGUUCUAUUGCUUUCAGUUAAACCCUGCAGAUCAAGUAAAAGCGGUGUCAUGCAGAAAAAAACAAAAAGAGCUGCCAAAUUAUUCUCAGUAGGGGGAAACGAAACUGAAUCGGGUAUUUCCAUGUUGCCUUUCAUAAUUACUGCUAUGUUGUGAGCGUGUGAUUGUAUGUUUAUAUGUGCAGCAAAGCUUUGAGUCCUGUUGUAUAUUUUGUCUUGAAUUUCACUCCCCUUUUUUUAGCAGCCUCUCAGAUGUCACUGUACUCAAACGAAAAUGUUUACUAUGCCUGUGUUCCAGGCUCGCUUCCUUAUGCUACAGAAACUGAAAUAUUAAAGGGGUUUUUAGUGUGUUGUUCUAACACUGUUGUGAGAUACUCACAUGUUGAGCUGUAAGCUUUGUUUGGUAAUCCUUGUUUCAGCUGUGAGCUAUUUAGUCUUUUCCUGCAGGAUUUCUGAAAUGCAGGCGAUAGAUGUGAUUUAUGCUCAUCACUAAAAGUUUAACUUGUUCUCUCUAAACUUCAUUUGUACAUGCAGAGAUGUGCAGAGUAAUGUAUCGGCGAAUGAUAUGUUGCUAGCUUUAAGUGAACUUCACCAUGCACAAGUUUGACCAUUGAUGGUUAGAUAUUAAUAAAUACAUUUUAGUGUAAAACUGGCCUGUGUUCAAAGCAGCAUUCAUGUUUGAACUGAUUAUAGAAAAAGCAUAAGACUCAGAAAACAGGAAAUUGCACAGAAUGAUAAAAGCUGCUAAAUGUGAGUCGAGAAAUCGAGUCGGACUGGCUUAGGAUGACUAGUUCAUACUAAAAGGUGUGAUUGAGAAAUUGCAUAAUCUAGAGUAUGAAUUUUAAAGUGUGUUUUCAUUUGUUUUUCCAGACUUGCUACACUUUCAGAGUAGUUUACUAGUAGUGAAGGUGAGAUACUGUGCUGUCCGAUACUAACGUGUCUAACAAGCUGUAGCUUGAUGGUCAUGAUUCUGAAGGUGGCUGUGUCCCUGUGAGUGUUACCAAAAUGUGAUUUAAAAGAUAAAUAUUAUUUUUGUAUUUUAGAAUGGGAGUGUACAAAUUGUAAAAUUUUAUUCUUGUUGCUAUUAAUUAGAAGUUUUUUUUAAUCCCUGUUUUAUAUGGGGCUCCCAGUGCUUGUAUAUACAGUAUCUCUACAAGCAAGAGCCAUUACUUUUAAUUUAUAUAGAGGAAAAGUCCUUUAUAUAUACACGUGAUUUCUGUUUUAAUCUGGAUUAUUCGUAACAAAAUUACACCAGCUGUGCAGAUUUAAAAUAUUAUAAAUUAAAACAACAAAUUUGGGAGACCCGAAAUACAUGACUGUGAUCCAAUGAAAAAGGUUUUCUUAUGCAGAAAAUGUGAGAUAAAACAUGCUGAUGAUUUCCCUCUCUGUACAUUGUAACUAAUUCAACUGUUGAUUUUAUUUAUGUUUUGUAACUAAUCAAAAUAAAUGAUUUAAUCAUCAAAAUGCAUGGCAUU